CAGAAACCCUCCCACCCUCGAAUUUGAAUCAAUUCGCUAAAGAAUCGAGCUCCAAUUUCAAGCGAUCGCAUUGGGAUAACCCAAUUUUGAUGAAGAAUUGCAAUCUGAUAUUAUCUAAUCUGAUAAAGCAUAAGCACGCAUGGGUCUUUAACAAGCCCGUUGAUGCCCUAGCCGAGGGGCUCCACGAUUACCACGACAUAAUCAAACUCCCGAUGGAUCUGGGUACCGUUAAAUCGAACCUCGCCAAGAACCUCUACACAUCGCCAGUAGAUUUUGCAUCUGAUGUGAGGCUAACGUUUCACAACGCCAUGACUUAUAAUCCCAAAGGGCACGACAUUUACGCCAUGGCUGAACAGCUUCUGGCUAGGUUUGAGGAGCUGUAUCAGCCUCUGAAAAAGCAAUUGGAAGAAGGGCCUGGACCCGAACGACCUUACAAAGAUUACAGGCGAGUUCUUGGGAUCAUGUGGAACCCGAGAGGCCUAAACGUGAAGAGAUUUCGUUCAGAGCAGAGAAGAAACAAGAACCCGAACGGGUUCCCGCUCCGGCGAGCUCGUCAAACCCGACUCCUCCUCCUCCUAUCCCACCUCCUUCCGUUCAAUCACCAGUCCGUACACCUUCCCCUAUGAAGGCACCUCCAGUCAAGCCUUUGAAGCAGCUGAAGUCGAAGGCAAAGGAUCCUAACAAGAGGGAGAUGAACAUGAAAGAGAAGCACAGAUUGGGAGUUGGGUUGCAGAGUUUGCCACAGGAGAAGAUGGAGCAAGUUGUUCAGAUCAUUAAGAAGAGAAAUGGGCAUUUGAAACAAGAUGGUAAUGAGAUAGAAGAGAGAGAGGGAGAGAGAGAGAGAGAUAUGGUAAGCUGGUUUUGGGGUUAGGCUGGAGAAUAGAGGUUGUGGAGGCACGCAAGAGCUAGACAAUGGUGGAGGAGGAGGCGUGGUUGUAUACUGGGGUUAGUUU